UACACUUCGUUCACUCAGUUCCUCCCAAAAGCCAUAGGAGGCAGCAGUAGCAGCAGCCAAGCUAACGAAACAGAGAACUUCAAGUGGCAACGAUGUCGGAAGGACUUGUACUCCGAGGUACCAUGAGGGCUCACACCGACGUGGUGACGGCCAUCGCCACCCCUAUCGACAACUCCGACAUGAUUGUCAGUUCCUCCCGUGACAAGUCGAUUAUCGUCUGGCACCUCACCAAGGAGGAGAAGACCUACGGCGUGCCCCGCCGCAGGCUAACAGGUCACUCCCACUUCGUCGAGGAUGUGGUGCUCUCCUCUGACGGUCAGUUCGCUCUAUCGGGUUCCUGGGACGGAGAGCUCCGACUUUGGGACCUUCAGGCAGGCGUCUCCGCCCGCCGCUUUGUGGGCCACACCAAGGAUGUUCUCUCCGUUGCCUUUUCGAUUGACAACCGUCAGAUCGUCUCCGCAUCCCGCGACCGCACGAUUAAGCUAUGGAACACACUUGGUGAGUGCAAGUACACCAUCCAGGAUCAGGACGCCCACACCGAUUGGGUCUCUUGCGUCCGGUUCAGCCCCAACACGCUUCAGCCCACCAUCGUCUCGGCCUCGUGGGAUCGGACCGUGAAAGUCUGGAACUUGACCAACUGCAAGCUCAGGAACACGCUGGCGGGUCACGGUGGGUACGUCAACACAGUGGCUGUGUCGCCUGACGGUUCAUUGUGUGCGAGCGGAGGCAAGGACGGGGUGAUCCUGCUCUGGGACUUGGCCGAAGGGAAGAGGCUCUACUCGCUUGACGCUGGCGCGAUCAUUCACGCGUUGUGCUUCAGCCCCAAUAGGUACUGGCUGUGUGCGGCGACCGAGCAAAGCAUUAAGAUCUGGGACUUGGAGAGCAAGAGCAUCGUGGAGGAUCUCAAAGUGGACCUCAAAACUGAGGCUGAGAAGGCGGAUGACAACACUUCUAACAGCAAUAAGAAGAAGGUUAUCUACUGCACAAGCUUGAGCUGGAGUGUUGAUGGUAGUACACUGUUCAGUGGAUAUACCGAUGGUGUUAUCAGAGUUUGGGGUAUCGGUCGUUACUAGUAAAACUUGAGUAGUAUGUAUGCAAUUUCUGUUUUGAGGACAACCCGCUUACUCUUUUAAUCUUAGUAGUUCUCAAAGUUUAGGGUUUUGUUGGCUACGCUAAAACUUUUACUUAUUAUGGCUUUGAGGCCAAUAAUGUUUUGAUUUUGGUUUUUACAUUAGAUAUUAUAUUAGUUUUCCCAAUAUUGGAUAAGAAGUUUUUGUGCUUUCAUAGCUUUGUUUGAUAGCAGAUAUAUAUGAGCUCUUUUGUUUGUGGUGA